AUAAAGCCAUCUGGUGCUCUGUGCUGCGUGCGACCAUCAAAAUAUCAGAGACGGACACUGAAGCCACCUUCCGUUGAAGCUGGCUUCAGUUUCUCGUCAAAGCUAUCAAUUUCCAUUAUCUGAAAAAAGCCCCACAACAAGCAAAGCAAAGUCUCGUACUCUCUCCCUCUCGAUUUCUCAGAGUGGGACAUUGUUAGAGUCCAGAAUACGGGGUGCGAUACUGAACUGAACUGAAGAUAUUCCUGUCUAUUAAUAUUGGCAUCCUUGACAAAAUCAUGGCUGUCUGCGCAAGGUUUCGGUUGAUUUCCUACUCACCAGAGAUUAUAGAUGGACAGCCAAUCUACGUUUCUUCAAAUUGCCUUCCAGUCAAGGAUAUAAGAUAUGAACCUGCUGGGCAUGCUUUUCAUGCUGCUGCUCUCAAACUCCUUGGUUGUGAGGAUAAAAAUGCAGAUGGUGAUGAUCAAAAGGUGGUUGAAAACAAUAAGGAACAGACAUAUGUGCCAUCACCUGAGUCAUAUAGCAGCAAAGGCAAAAAGAAAUCUGGUGCUGGAGCAAAGCAACAAGAUCACUAUGCAUUAUUGGGUUUGAGCCACUUAAGAUAUCUUGCCACAGAGGAGCAGAUAAGAAAAUGCUACCGUGAGACUGCUUUGAAACAUCAUCCUGACAAACAGGCUGCUCUCCUUCUUGCUGAGGAAACAGAAGCUGCAAAGCAAGCAAAGAAGGAUGAAAUAGAGAACCACUUUAAGUCCAUACAGGAAGCAUAUGAGGUGUUAAUUGAUCCUGCGAAGAGAAGAAUAUAUGACUCGACAGAUGAGUUUGAUGAUGACAUUCCCACUGACUGUGCACCACAGGACUUCUUCAAGGUGUAUGGUCCAGCUUUCUUGAGGAAUGGAAGGUGGUCUGUUAACCAACCGGUUCCGUCUUUGGGUGAUGAGAAUAGUCUGUUAAAAGAAGUUGAUGGUUUCUAUAACUUUUGGUAUGUCUUUAAAAGUUGGAGAGAAUUCGCACAUGCUGAUGAGUUUGAUCUGGAGCAAGCUGAGUCCCGUGACCAUAAGCGCUGGAUGGAGAGGCAGAAUGCAAAACUCUCAGAGAAGGCUAGGAAGGAAGAAUGUGCACGGGUACGUGUUCUUGUUGACAAUGCUUAUAAGAGAGACCCAAGAAUACUGAGGAGAAAGGAAGAGGAGAGAGCUGAGAAGCAGAGGAAGAAGGAGGCUAAGUUUCUGGCAAAGAAGUUGCAGGAGGAAGAAGCUGCCAGAAUUGCUGAAGAGGAGAGACGUCGGAAGGAGGAGGAGGAAAGACUGGCUGCAGAAGCAGCUUUACAGCUAAAGAAGGUGAAGGAGAAGGAGAAAAAACUCUUACGCAAGGAAAGGGCUCGUCUUAGGACACUUUCAGGGCCUGUUAUAUCUCAGCAUUUGCUUGAUUUUUCUGAGGAUGAUGUUGAAAGUCUUUGUAUGUCAUUCGAUAUCAAUCAGCUAAGGAAUUUAUGCGAGAGGAUGGAGGGGAAACAGGGGCCUGAGCUAGCAAAUGUUCUCAGAGAUGCAUACAGACAUAAAAAUGAUUCUGAGGAUAGGAAAGAAGAUGAGCAAACUCAACAGCAGAAUGGUACUGUAGAGGCUAAUGGUAAUGGCUCGUUAGGCAGCUUUGAGAAGAAGGAGAAACCUUGGAGCAAAGAAGAAAUUGAACUGUUGAAAAAAGGUAUGCAGAAGUAUCCCAAAGGAAUAUCUCGUAGAUGGGAGGUUAUUUCAGAAUACAUUGGUACAGGUAGAUCUGUGGAAGAAAUUUUGAAGGCUACCAAAAUUGUUCUUCUUCAGAAGCCUGAUGCUGCAAAAGCAUUUGAUUCAUUUCUUGAGAAGAGAAAACCUGCGCAGUCCAUUGCAUCUCCACUUACAACUAGGGAGGAAAUAGAAGGGGUAUCGAGAAUGCAGGGUUCUCAAAACGGUGAUUUAAAGAUCGAUAAUUCUGAAGAGUCUUUAACCGGAAGCACAAACAACCAGAAUGCUUCUGAUUCGAAUGCUGCAAAUGGGGUUUGCUCCAGUUCAGAGCAAGAUGUGUGGUCUGCUGUACAAGAAAGAGCACUGGUUAAGGCUUUAAAAACCUUUCCAAAGGAAGCCAAUCAGCGAUGGGAACGGGUUGCAGCAGCAGUUCCUGGGAAGACCGUGAACCAGUGCAAGAAGCAAUUUGCAUUGCUGAAGGAGAGCUUUAGAAGUAAGAAAAAUGCGGUAUAGUUUGUUGGGCUUUUUCUUUGAGGGUGCAUAAAAAUUGACAAAUGUGCGCGAGGGGACUGUUUCGGGGUUAUUCAUCAUAUAUUUAGUUCUUUCAAGGUGGGAAACGUUCAAGUUACACUGAACUUGAGAUAAAUUUAUUCUUUCA